AUGGGUACUUGUUCAAGAAAAAGCUAAAAAGAUAAUUCUUAAAAACAAACUGGAUAUGAGUCAGAAUAAGUUGUAAUUUUAACAUGCAUUAAGAGUCACAUUUAAUAUUUUGAUUAAAUAGAUUUAGAACUUCUUAAAUAUCCUGAUAUUUCACUGUUAUUGAGAAAACAUAUUAAAAACUAUAAAUUCAUUGAAGAGGGAAAGACAUGGGUUGUCGUAAAAGAAAUUUAAAGUUUUUUGAAUGAUAAAAUGUCUAUAUUGAUCAGAAAUUUCAAUCCUGAAACUGAUGCUGCUUUAUAAUUGAUAUAAAUUUAUAAGAAGCUAGUGUCUUUAACUUAAAAAUUACUAGAAUGUUCUGUCAAAUUUAGUGAAGCUAAGGUUGAACUAUUUUAAUCAUUUUAGAAUUAACUAGUUUAAGUAAAGAAAAUGAUAAUUUUAGACUUCGAUAGAAUGUUUAAUUGUUGUAAAUACAUUGAUCUCAAAAAAAUUGUAAUGGUGGAAUGAAGAAUAUUUUAAAUGGAGAUAGAAUCAUUUAAUUUCAACCUUUCUCAUAAAAAAAAUCGAUAAAAGCAAUAAAGAGAUAAUAGGAUCGAUAUAUGAUUUUAUAUAAUUGUUGAUAGAGUGCAUUAAACAUUUAGGAGAUCUUGAAGCAUCUCAAGGUAACUAGGAGACUGAUUUUAAAGCAGAAUAAGAAUUUUUAGAUUAAUUUUACAAUUAAAUGAGAGCAGGACUGAUUCACAAUUCAUUUUUUUCUGAAAGUAUUUCAAAUGAAAUAAUUCCUGAGUAAAUUUAGGUGAAUUAGAAUAUUAGUAAGUAUGCUUUAUUAAUAAAAAGAAAAUGA